ACUCUAAUGUGUGAUCUGGAAAGCUUAUAAAAGCCUGAUGUAAUCCUUAAUGCAGCCCCUGGCUACAAAGACUGGAUCUAGUUUCACAGAGAGAGAUUCAGAAGCAGAAUUAAAAAAAAGAAAAAGAAAAAGGAAAAAAGUGGGGGGGAGAAGAGAGAGAAAGAAAGAAAAGCAGACGAGUGGAUUUUAAGCAAACAUAUCUUUCUGGAGAAGACUGUUCUCCCUCUUCGCUGCUGGGAAAGCUACUCUGAACCCUGCUGUAUAUUUUUGGGAGGGAAGAAGAAGAGGAAGACUUGAUUGCUUGGAUCUAAUGCUUUGCUGGCUUUUAACUGCGUUUUUCCGCUCUCCUAAGGAUUCCUCAAAACCCGGCUUAAUUAUUUUCAGCUUUUCUCUUCCACCUGCCUCUCUGCAGAGACACCAAAGGUUCUCCCUUCCUCUCCCUCCCUACUCCCAUUUCUUUUAGAAUAUUUCCCCCCCCCCCCCCCUUCUCCGUUUGAUAUAUACAUAUAUAUAUAUAUGUGUAUGUAUAUAUAUAUGUAGAGGCAAGAGUGGAGGGAGAGGGAGAGUGAGCUCUGCCUUUUGGACUCCACGCGCUGCCCAAUGUUGGGUUGGUUACCCCUGGAUAUGUCGCUGCUUUCCAUUUGGAAUUUGACAAAGGGAAGAAGGAGGAUAUAAAACCUGGGGAGCUCCGCAAGGUGUUGUUGAUGGCCACAGGAGGGAGCUCAAAUCCAGACAUGGGAGGAUUGGCUUGAUUUCGGAUCCAGAGCCACUUAAACUCUCACUUUUCCUCUAAGCUGGUCCCUGUUAUGUCCAGGAUCUGGCACCUGCUUGACAUUUACUUUGAGUUCCAGAGGACCAGAGACCUAGGAUGAGGAGCAUUGGAUCUGCCCUGAACCUGCUUUUGGUAUCGCCACUCUACUUUGUGUGGACCGUGGUCGCUCUGGACCUGGCACAAACUCCCUGCACCACUUUGGUCCAGGGGAAAUUCUUUGGAUAUUUCUCCUCCUUUGCCGUCUUCCCAUUGAACUCCUCACUCUGCUCUUGGAUUAUCCAGAACCCUGACCCUCGGAGAUACACCUUGUACAUGAAGAUCCUCAAACCUACCGGCAUAUGUGACCACCAGCACAUCCGCACCUACCAAUUUGACUCCUUCCUGGAAUCCACCCGCACCUACCUGGGCAUGGAGAGCUUUGACGACGUGUUGAAGCUCUGUGAUGGGUCCACCCGCUAUGCUUUCCUCCAGUCUAACAAACAGUUCCUGCAGAUGAAGCAGACUGCACCUCCAGGAGUAGAGAACGGACCGGUGCGGUGGAAACCCAUCAAGGCUCAGGAGAGAGACUUCUCGGUGGAAUACCUCGUGGUGGGCAACAGGAACCCUAGCAAAGCUGCUUGCCAGAUGCUCUGCAAGUGGCUGGAUGCGUGCUUGGCCAUCAGCAGCAGCUCCCACCCGUGUGGCAUUAUGCAGACUCCGUGCUCUUGCUCAGGAGGGGAGGUCCUAGAUCAAGCCAGCGAGAUCCUGGGGUUCCCGAAGAAGAAAGAAGAUUGUUAUAAGGAUGGAAUUUACUUAGAGAAUUGCCUGAGCAGCCCCAAGGACAGCAGUGGAGUGGAGUUCCUGGGUGGUUGGAACACGUGGUCGGCUUGGGGUGACUGCACCAAGGACUGCGGGGGAGGCCUGCAGACCCGCAUGCGUACCUGUAAGCCCCUUCCCAAUGAAGGCCUGGCCUGCGAGGGAGUCCUGGAGGAAGGACGUCUGUGCAAUAGGAAGGCGUGCAAUACCAAUGGACGCUAUAAUUCCAGAAGCCAAUCGCUGAGGUCCACAGAUAACAGAAAGCGAGAGGACACUGAUGAACUGCAGCACUACGGGUACCCUGCACCUCAAAUAGGUGACCCUGCAGCAGAGGAGUGGUCCCCAUGGAGUGUGUGUUCAACUACCUGCGGGGAGGGCUGGCAGACCAGGACCAGGUUCUGUGUGUCGUCUUCCUACAGUACUCAGUGCAGCGGCCCUCUCCGGGAACAGAGACAGUGCAACAACUCUGCCAUAUGCCCAGUGCACGGCACCUGGGAUGAGUGGUCUCCAUGGAGCCUCUGCUCUUCCACGUGUGGGAGAGGCUACAGGGAUCGGACCCGCACAUGCAAGCCCCCACAGUUUGGUGGGAACCCCUGCGAGGGCCCAGAGAAGCAAACAAAGUUCUGCAACAUUGCACUUUGCCCAGGCCACUCAGUGGACGGCAACUGGAAUGAGUGGUCGAGCUGGAGCUCCUGCUCCGCUUCCUGCUCCAACGGCACUCAGCAGCGGACGAGGGAAUGCAAUGGACCUUCCUAUGGGGGAGCUGAAUGCCAGGGACAUUGGGUAGAGACCCGGGACUGCUUCCUACGUCAAUGCCCAGUGGACGGGAAAUGGCAAGCUUGGGGAGUGUGGGGGAGCUGCACUACCACGUGUGGAGGUGGUACUCAGAGACGUGACCGCGUGUGCUAUGGACCCUUCUUUGGAGGAGAGACCUGCCAGGGUCCCAAGGAAGAGUAUAGGCAGUGCAAUGACAGGAAAUGUCCUGAGCCCCAUGAGAUCUGUGACGAGGAAAGUCUUGCUUCUGUGGUUUGGAAAGAGACGCCUGCUGGGGAUGCUGCAGCUGUUCGGUGUCCUCGCAAUGCCACUGGGCUAAUCCUUCGAAGAUGCACUUUAGAUGAAGAAGGGAUAGCUUAUUGGGAGCCUCCAACAUACGUCAAGUGUGUUUCUAUUGAUUACAGGAACAUACAGAUGAUGACCAGGGAGCAUCUUUCCAAAGCUCAGCGUGGGUUGAUGGGAGAUGGGCUGUCAGAAGUGCUCCAAAACCUUGUGGAAAUCUCCCAGGAUGGGACCAGCUACAGCGGAGACUUGCUGUCCACCAUUGAUGUACUCAGGAACAUGACAGAGAUCUUCCGUAGGGCUUAUCACAGCCCAACUUCUGGAGAUGUGCAGAACUUUGUCCAGAUCAUCAGCAACAUUUUAUCAGAGGAAAACCGGGACAAGUGGGAGGAAGCUCAGUUGAUAGGGCCAAAUGCCAAGGAGUUGUUCAGGCUUGUGGAGGAUUUCAUUGAUGUCAUCGGCUUUCGCAUGAAAGAUUUCCGGGAUUCCUACCAAGUGACAGACAAUCUGGUCCUUGGCAUUCACAAGCUGCCCGCUAACGCAGCAACUGACAUCACCUUCCCCAUGAAAGGCUGGAGAGGCAUGGUGGACUGGGCCAAGAAUUCGGAAGACAAGGUCACUGUCUCCAAGAGCAUCCUGUCUUCGGGGCUGACAGAGACGGACGACUCUUCUGUCUUCGUGGUAGGGACUGUGCUGUACCGGAACGUGGGCAACAUCCUCUCGCUUCAGAGGAACAGCACUGUUCUGAACUCCAGAGUCAUCUCUGUGACUGUGAAGCCAUUUCCCCGGUCCCUCCUCACCCCCUUGGAAAUUGAAUUCUCCCACCUGUACAAUGGAACCACCAACCAGACCUGCAUCCUGUGGGAUGAAACUGAUAGGUGAGUUCUGUGGGUUUCUGUUUA